CUCAAGUACAAUCAAACGCUCGACGUGGAGUGCGACGGCGUUCCCGUGAAACUCGAAUUCCUCGACUGCGAUGUCGGUACUAAUGCCGGUGCUGGCAUCGGCGUCAACGGCGAGGUGCACCCGCGAAGAAGGACCAUCUACAGUCUGGAAGUGCCCGGAGCUAGUAGUGCUGCGGCGGCCCGUAUCACAGGAAAAAAACUGUGUAAGUGUAACUGUGUACGAAGAGCAGCAUCACAGAUUCGUUUUGCAUUACAGGGAAAACCUGUCUUGCGUAGCUAGUAGGUGAAAACACGUGUGAAAGUGGCCUAUGACGCACAUCCAGCAUGACAAUCGUAUAUAGUUUUCCAUUUGCUGCAUCACAGAUUUACACUCGCAUAACUUUUUUCUUGGAUAGUCCCGACUUCGUCCUCCGCUGCCAAUGACGAGGACGAGGAGGACGACGAUGAUGAUGAGGACACGAGUUGUAACCCGCCGAGUUCUUGUGUGUCGAAAAUGAAACCGCG